GGGCUGUUGGAGGCGGGGCGGACGGGCUGCGAGAGGGAGCCGGUCCGACGCGGACCCGUUCCCUGCGGUGCUCCGCGUCUCGGGCCCGGCUCCGCUCGUGGCCACUCUGCAGGCGUGUCCCGGCGGCGGAGAGCCGUCCUCAGCCGAGGAGGCUGGGAAACGCGAACGCCGGCUGCAGGGAGGCUUCCACGCCGUCCCUUUUGCCGCCGCCCUCUUCUUGCCUCGCGCCGCUGUGCUUUUCUCUACUUUUCCUUUGUUUCUUUGGCCCCUCUCGGGUGAGGGCAUUCUUGGUUAGCAAAGUGCAGCCUCAAGAUGGCUGAUGGCAACGAGGAUCUGCGGCCGGACGACUUGCCGGGGCCGGCCUUCGAGAGCUAUGAGUCCAUGGAGCUCGCCUGCCCCGCCGAGCGCAGCGGCCACGUAGCCGUCAGCGACGGGCGCCACAUGUUCGUCUGGGGCGGCUACAAGAGUAAUCAAGUCAGAGGAUUGUAUGACUUCUAUCUGCCUAGAGAAGAACUAUGGAUCUACAACAUGGAGACUGGAAGAUGGAAAAAAAUCAACACUGAAGGUGAUGUUCCUCCUUCUAUGUCAGGAAGCUGUGCUGUGUGUGUAGACAGGGUGCUGUACUUGUUUGGAGGACACCAUUCAAGAGGCAAUACCAAUAAGUUCUACAUGCUGGAUUCAAGGUCUACAGACAGAGUGUUACAAUGGGAAAGAAUUGAUUGCCAAGGAGUUCCUCCAUCAUCAAAGGACAAACUUGGUGUCUGGGUAUAUAAAAACAAGUUAAUAUUUUUUGGAGGGUAUGGAUAUUUGCCAGAAGAUAAAGUAUUGGGAACUUUUGAAUUUGAUGAAACAUCUUUUUGGAAUUCCAGUCAUCCAAGAGGAUGGAAUGAUCAUGUACAUAUUUUAGAUACUGAAACUUUUACCUGGAGCCAGCCUCUAACUACUGGUAAAGCACCUUCACCUCGUGCUGCCCAUGCCUGCGCAACUAUCGGAAACAAAGGCUUUGUGUUUGGAGGCAGAUACCGAGAUGCUAGAAUGAAUGAUCUUCACUAUCUUAAUCUGGAUACAUGGGAGUGGAAUGAAUUAAUUCCACAAGGCAUAUGCCCAGUUGGCCGAUCUUGGCACUCACUAACACCAGUUUCUUCAGAUCAUCUUUUUCUCUUUGGAGGAUUUACCACUGAUAAACAGCCACUAAGUGAUGCCUGGACUUACUGCAUCAGUAAAAAUGAAUGGAUACAGUUUAAUCAUCCAUAUGCUGAAAAACCAAGGUUAUGGCACACAGCUUGUGCCAGUGAUGAAGGAGAAGUAAUUGUUUUUGGUGGAUGUGCCAACAACCUGCUUGUCCAUCACAGAGCUGCACACAGUAAUGAAAUACUAAUAUUUUCAGUUCAACCAAAAUCUCUUGUACGGCUAAGUUUAGAAGCAGUCAUUUGUUUUAAAGAAAUGUUAGCCAACUCAUGGAACUGCCUUCCAAAACACUUACUUAACAGUGUUAAUCAGAGGUUUGGUAGUAACAACACUUCUGGAUCUUAAGGCUUCAUAAAUAAUGCCUCUGAUCACCUUGCAUGGACAGCAAUCCUGUAAACAUCACAGAGUUGGCAUCAUUUGUAUAAUUAUAUGCAUUGUUGUAGUUUGCAACUUUUGGUUUUAAUGUGCAUGUGAAUGGCCUAGAGAACCUAUUUUUGUGUCUAAAGUUUACAAUAAAUGUAUUUAACACCA